AUGUUAGAUGGUACCAUCUCCCAGACUGGUUGCAUUUGGCACCAGGUUCACCUCAUGGUUUUGGCCAAUGGCCACACACACUCCAUACCCUUCCUUGUUUGCCCCAUUGGCAAUACCCUGGCUAUAUUAGGCAUGACUUGGUUAACUGCAGAAGCCCCACUCAUUGACUGGCAACAGGGACUUGUCACCUUCCCUGAACAAGUUCAAAUUGCUUUGGAGGAAGCAGCAGAUCAAAAUCCCUUGGCUGACUUGCCCAAUCAAUACCAUGAGUUUGCUAAAGUCUUUGGGGAGGAAGAAUUCAAAGUCCUUCCUCCCCAUAGGAAAUACAACAUAGCCAUAGACCUCCUCCCAGAUGCCAAGCUCUCCCCUGGCCCCAUUUACGGUAUGACAGAUGCAGAAUCAAAAGCCCUGAAACAACAUAUUGAUGAGGAAUUGGCAACUGGAAAGAUUUGUCCUAGCACCUCAUCAGCAGGAGCUCUGGUCAUGUUUGUCAAAAAGGCUGAUGGAUCACUAAGGCUGGUUGUGGACUACCAGAAACUCAAUGAUGUCAUGCACAAGAAUGUGUACCCAUUACCAAGGCAAGACAACUUGAUGGCUAAACUAAGGCAUGCAAAGAUGUUGUACACCACUAUCUUCACAAAAUUGGACCUCUGGUGGGGAUACAACAAUGUUUGGAUCAAAGAGGGUGACAAAUGGAAGACAGUGUUCUGCACAAAAUACGGCCUGUUUGAGUAUCUGGUUAUGCCUUUUGGUCUUACAAAUGCCCCCGCAGCAUUCCAACAUUUUAUGAACAACCUGUUCAGGGACCUAAUCAAUGUAACAGUGGUAAUAUAUUUGGACAAUCUCUUGAUCUUCUCAGAAAACCCUGAAGACCAUUCAACCCAUGUCAGGGAAGUCCUAUCACAACUGAUGAAGAAUCAACUAUUCUGCAAGCUGUCAAAGUGCCACUUCCACGUAACUACGGUUGCUUACCUUGGUAUUGUCAUCUCCCCUGCUGGUUUCUCCAUGGAUCAGAAGAAGAUUGAAGCAGUGACAACAUGGCCUCAGCCCAAAACAGUUAAACAAGUCCAGGCCUUCUUGGGGUUUGUCAACUACCUCCACCGCUUCAUCCCCAACUUCAGCUUGGUUGCAUGUCCUUUGCACAACCUCACAAAAAAGGAAACUCCCUGGUCAUGGAGUAAACCAGAAGAUAACACAUUCCAGGAGCUAAAAACCCUUGUCACCAGAUCUCUGGUUCUUAUCCAUUCCAAUCCAGAUCUACCCUACUAUCUGGAAACAGACGCAUCAGGAGUAGCUAUUGGAGCAAUCCUAAGUCAACAAGGAAAAGACAACCAAUUACACCCAGUGGCCUACAUGUCAAAAUCCUUUUCCGGUGCCAAAGCCAACUAUGACACGCAUGAUAAGGAGCUACUGGCAAUCAUUAAGGCAUUAGAAGAAUGGUGCAUAUUUUUGGAAGCAACAGACAGGCCUAUUCAGGUGUUCACGGAUCACUGCAACCUGGAAUAUUGGAUGCAGACAAGAACUUUCAAUUGGAAGCAUGCUAGAUGGCAAAUAUUCCUAAGCAAUUUCAACUUCAAAAUUCACUAUCACCUGGGAAAACAAUCAGGAAAACCAGUUGCCCUGUCCAGGCAUUCCAACUAUGUUGACCAGCCCCCAGAACUGGAAAUCAUGCUUCCAGAAGAAGUCUUUGCCAACACGUCUGAGGAAGAACUAGAAAUCAUCAUGGAAAUCCGGGCUAAAUUAAAGGAAGUGUUAUGGAUAUGA